AUGUCAACCACUCAAAGAAAUAAAGUCUCUGCUCAAGAAGGAAGGCUUCUUUUAGCCAUUCAAGCACUUAAAAAUGAUCAAAUUUCAAGCAUACGAGCUGCAGCAAAGCUGUAUGAUGUCCCUCGCUCAACCCUCACUCACCGUGUCUCUGGUCGUACAGCACGCGUGGACAUUCCCCCAAAGAACCGAAAACUUAGCCUUACAGAAGAAGAAUCACUUGUUCAAUGGAUUCUAGCCAUGGAUGAGCGAGGUCAGCCACCCCGGGUUGCAGCUGUACGAGAAAUGGCCAAUCUCCUUCUUGCCAGUCGAGGAAUCAACCCCUCACCCACAGUGGGUGAAUGCUGGGUACGAAACUUUGUCAAUCGCUAUGAAGAGCUGAAAUCCAAGUUCUCCCGCAAGUACGACCAUCAACGUGCACUAUGUGAGGAUCCUGAGGUUAUCCGUGGGUGGUUUAAGCUUGUACAAAACACCAUUGCAAAGUAUGGGAUUCUGGAAGAGGAUAUCUACAACUUUGAUGAGACAGGCUUUCAGAUGGGGGUUAUUGGGACUGUCAGAGUGGUGACUGGAUCUGAAAGAGCUAGGAAUCCCAAGCUUGUACAGCCUGGAGAUCGGGAAUGGGUGACUGUUAUUGCUGGGGUCAAUGCAAUGGGCUGGGCUCUCCGUACAAUGAUUAUCCUCAAGGGAAAGAUGCAUCAGUCCUCUUGGUAUGAGACUGAAGGGCUGCCGCAUGACUGGGUGAUUGGAGUCAGUGAGAAUGGCUGGACCACUGACCAGCUGGGCUUGUACUGGCUGAAAGAGGUGUUCAACAAGGAGACUCUACCCCGUACAAAGGGCAGAUACCGACUGCUGAUUCUAGACUGGCACCGAAGCCAUGCCUCAGCUGAAUUUGAUCAAUUCUGCUCUGAGAAUCAGAUCAUUGCUCUCUACAUGCCACCACAUUCCUCUCAUCUUCUUCAGCCACUGGAUGUUGGGUGCUUCUCCCCCUUGAAGACUGCAUAUGGACGACAGGUGGAGAAUCAGAUGCGGCUUGGGAUCAAUCAUAUUGACAAGGAGGAGUUUCUGGCCCUAUAUCCUGCAGCUCAGAUGCAGGCUCUGACUGAGAACAACAUCAAGAGCAGUUUCAGGGCAGCUGGGCUGGUUCCAUACAAUCCUGAGCAGGUUCUCUCGCGCCUUAAUACCACAAUGCAUACCCCCACACCACCUGGGACCUCUCAUAGCUCUCAGGCCUCCUGGGCCACUGCUACACCACAUAAUAUACACCAGCUAGAGCAGCAGACUAAGAAAGUUAAAGGAUAUAUUAAGCACCGUACGCAGAGCCCACCCAGCCCAACUGAUCGUGCCCUAAAUCAGCUGGUCAAGGGAUGUCAAAUGGCAAUGCAUAGUGCUGCUAUUCUAGCAGCUGAAAAUAGGGAGUUAAGGGCUACAAAUGCUAAACAAAAGAGAAAGCGAGAAAGAGGCCGUACAUAUGUAGCCCAAGAGGGAGCUUUGGGGGUGGAAGAAGGCUUGGAUCGCGUACGAAGCAUGAAUGAAUGGGAAAGAGGGGUGGUUGAGGCUGCUGAGUCCCAACCACGAAGACGUGCAGCACCACAGUGUAGUUUUGUUAAUUUUGGGUUGUAUUCAGGACUUGAAGAGCAUUCUUGUUGUAUGGCAGGUGGGAAGUGGCUCGCUUGCUUAUGUGGCUCGCUCGCUUAUCGAUUACGUUAUGAUGAUUAG